UCAGUCAAGUUCCGUUCGUCAGUUCGUUCAGUCAGUUUACGUGAAAUUGUGAGACCGUAUGAUCGCAGCUGCAUAGAUUGAAUUUUGUGUUGUAUAAUAUUUAGCGGUUUCGUAAAGAAUUCUGAGUGAAAAUGGGCGAUAUUGAAGCCGGUCUGAAUACUAAUGUAUUCGUCUUGAUAGCAGCAACAGUAAUUUCAUGUGUAAUACUACACUUUUUAAUCAAGACCAUCUUCGGAAGCAAGAAAAAGGAAGCACUCGAACAUGAAGCAGAGAGCAAUCAAAAUGCUCCCAACGAAGAGGCUGCUUCAGAAACGGCUGUGACCGAAAGCCGUGCUAGUGGGAAGAGUAAAAAACGCGCACCAUGGAAAGGAAAAACGGAAUACAGCCACCAAUGGCUGCUGAAGAAUCUCAAGGGACACCCAGGCACCGUGCUCCUGGUCGACUUUUCUCCAAACGGCAAAUUCAUGGCGGCCACCUGUGAUGAUGGUUCAGUGAUCCUCUGGGACGUCCGGGACUUGAACCAGAAGGAGCAUAAGACCCUGCGAGUGAACAUCAACUUCGAUCACGCGUCGCACGUGGCUUGGAGUCCUGACUCCAAGGCGUUCAUCGUGCACACCGUCCGGGAGAACCACAUAGUGGUCUACAAGAUAGAGAAGAAAAAGGACGGCACUAUUGGCUCUGCUGCGCCUGUCAUUACGUUUGAUAAGGUGCACGAAGAUGAUGUUAUCGGCUUCGGAAUAUCCAGCAACGGCAAGUUCAUGAUGUCCUGCUCCUCAAAGACUGACAUGGUCAUCUGGGACCUCAAGGGCCAGCAACUGGACCGAUUAGACACCUAUCUGAUGAGCACCCACUCUGCGAAGAUAUCCCCUUGCGGGCGCUUCGUCGUCGCCUCGGGAUUUUCGCCUGAUAUUAAAGUGAUGGAGGUGGUGUUCUCAAAGAAUGGAGAGUUCAAACAAGUGACCAAAGCCUUCGAGCUGACUGGACACAGCUCGGGCAUCUACGACGCAGCCUUCGAUGUAGACACGUCGCAUAUAGCCACUAUAUCGAAGGACGGCACGUGGAAGCUAUAUCACACAAAGAUUAACUACGCUCAAGGCGAAUCGCCCCACGUCCUAGAGACGGGAACUUAUACCCAGACUGCCAACCCUCCGAAGAUCGCGCUGUCUCCCAACGCAGAAGUGUUGGCGGUGUCUGUCGACUCAUCCAUCGAAUUCUACGACACAUACACUGGGAAGCUGUACGAUACUGUCGAUAACGUUUAUUCAGGAUUAGUCAACUACAUGAAAUUCGACGCGAGCGGCAAAUAUCUGUUUGUGUGCGGCGACAAAGCAGUCAGGGUGUUCCACAAUGUGUGCGGAUACUUCACCACCAUAGGCAGUUGCACGCGUCUGUUAGCCGCCAAGCAAACCUCGGCCACUGUGGAACGCCUCAACAAAACCAUACAAGAAUGCAAAGAAACCCUCGCGAAGUUCGGCAAAUAACACCUAACAGUAAAACCAAUCUCGUCAACUGCAUUUAUUUUACUAUAGUCGAAUAUAUUUUAAGAAAGUUUUACAUGUUUACCAAAAUAUAUUAAUAUUAAUGUUUCAGUAUUUUGGGUCACUAAAUUACCAGUGAAGGUUCGAUCUCUGUCCAAAUUUUGUAUUUUAGGAUAAACAAAAUAGUGAUAAGUCGUUUCUAAGAAGGUAUGCAUCGCGAACACUGAUUUGUAUAUUGUAUGGAAAUAAUGAAAUGUAAAUUCUCCCGUGACGUUCGCAUUAAGAUGAGGUCACAUGCAUGUGUAUCGAGACGCAAAUAAAUUUCCAUGUUACCGCUCGCCGUACUAAUUUAAAAGUCAAUUAUUUUCUUUGAAAUAGCACAAGGAGAUUAUGACUUGGUGAUUGAUAAUUCAGUGAUACCUAUACCUAUUUGUUGAGUGUCUGGUUUAUGUUUGAUAAUACACCGUUUAUUCGAUGUUAUCGCUCGGCUGUUAUGACGUGCUCCAUAUUGGCGACCUAUUUCCAGUACGCAUGAUCCAGGGCACUACAAUUUAGAUAUUACAUUACUGAUCGGAGCCUUGAAAUCUGAUUUCUGACCUCGUGAUUCCUACAUGAAAUUUUAUUAUCUGAAUUCAAAACAUGACAAUUAUCUACUUUAUUGCAUGAAAUUGGAGUUAUGCAUUCUUUUGUGAUCUUUGUAAUUACUAUUGAAUGAAGCAAUAAAAUUUUACAUUUAUAAAGAUA